CAGCACCGACGCUAACACAUAUUUAGUUUACUCACGGCUUUCCCAGUAGGUGACACCAAAACUACCAAAUAUGGACCUGACACUGUAUAAAUGCGACGUAAGCGCUCCUGCCAGGUCUGUCCUAAUGGUAAUCGAACACUUGAAGCUGCCAGUACAAUUGGUUGACGUGAACUUCAUGGAGGGAGAGCAAUUUACAGAGGAGUUUAAGAAAAUCAAUCCACAACACACCGUGCCUACGUUGGUAGACAACGACUUCGUCCUUGGAGACAGCCACGCUAUUUCGACGUAUUUAAUAAACAAAUACGCGAAGGAUGACUCUCUCUACCCAAGUGAACCUAAACUAAGAGCUAUUGUUGACCAACGUCUGCACUUUGACAGUGGUAUCUUAUUUCCAGCAUUAAAAUGUGGUUUUAGUAAAGUUGUCUUGCAAGGAGGUAAAAAACUGACUGAUGAAGCCGUAGAAAAAAUCACAUCUGGGUACGAGCUCACAAACCAAUUUGCAACUAAAACCUGGUUGGCAGGAGAACAGUUCACAAUUGCUGAUAUAAGCUGCAUGGCAUGUAUCAGUGGCUUGAACGAAUUAAUUCCUAUUGAUUCUCAGAAGUAUCCUCAUCUGUAUGCCUGGUUGAAACGUUGUUCAGAGUUGGAUAUUUACAAGAAAAAGAAUGCUCCCGGAAACAAAGAAUUGGGAGAAAUAUUCAGAAGCAAAUUAGAAUAAAAAAGACUGUUUUCAAUAAAUUGAAAUUUUACG